GCCCCCCCCCCCCGGAGACGUUGCCGUCUGUGGAUGACAGCAGAGCCGUAGGACCGGAGCAAGUGUGCGUGCCUCUCUGUUAGAAAGGUGCCGAGGGCAGAACACGGCUCCAUCUCUCCCGUCCCCGUUCGUCAAGGUCGAGCGGAAGUGCCUCGGCGUCGGUUCGCUCUUUAUUCGUUUCUUUUUAAAGACACGAAGCUCAAACCCGGGGAGAAAGACACGGGCCGAGCUAACGGUCAGUCCCUCAUCACCAGCGACGGUAGCACCUGGGCGCGAUGACCGACUCGGUCGUGGACAGCAAGGCGGAGGUGAAACAGGCCACCAAGUACGUCAAAGAGACCGAGAACGUCGCGGAGAAAUACUCGGCGAUGACUGUGAGCAAGAACAGCAGCGACGUGAACAUGAACGUGGGGGAGAUGCCUUCCGCUGCGUUCACCGCAGUGCCCACACUCAAGUCCGUCAAGAAGAUCCAGUUCGCAAACACCGAGGACAAACAGGAAUUCAGUAAGUACCCCACCAAGGCCGGCCGCCGCUCUCUGUCUCGGUCCAUCUCGCAGUCCUCCACAGACAGCUACAGCUCAGCUGCGUCCUACACCGACAGCUCGGAUGAUGAAACCUCCCCCCGGGACAAAGCCCAGGUCAACACCCACGGGAGCAGCGACUUCUGUGUGAAGAACAUCAAGCAGGCAGAAUUUGGCCGCCGAGAAAUAGAGAUUGCAGAACAAGACAUGUCUGCCCUGAUCUCUUUGAGGAAGAGAGCCCAGGGGGAGAAGCCACUAGCUGGGGCGAAGAUAGUCGGCUGCACCCAUAUCACUGCUCAGACAGCAGUCCUGAUUGAGACCCUGGUAGCCCUCGGGGCCCAGUGUCGCUGGACUGCAUGUAACAUCUACUCCACUCAGAAUGAGGUGGCUGCUGCUCUCGCUGAAACAGGAGUACCUGUGUUUGCAUGGAAGGGUGAGUCAGAGGAUGACUUCUGGUGGUGCAUCGAUCGCUGUGUCAACACCGAGGGCUGGCAGGCCAAUAUGAUCCUGGAUGAUGGCGGAGACUUAACCCACUGGGUGUACAAGAAGUACCCCAGCGUCUUUAAGAAAGUCCGGGGCAUCGUGGAGGAGAGUGUCACUGGGGUGCACAGAUUGUACCAGUUGUCCAAGGCUGGCAAGCUGUGCGUCCCUGCCAUGAACGUGAACGACUCAGUAACCAAGCAGAAGUUCGACAACCUUUACUGCUGCCGUGAAUCCAUCCUGGACGGCUUGAAGAGGACCACAGAUAUUAUGUUUGGAGGCAAACAAGUCGUCGUGUGUGGUUAUGGAGAGGUGGGUAAAGGCUGCUGCACUGCUCUUAAAGCCCUGGGAGCCAUCGUGUGCAUCACUGAGAUCGACCCCAUCUGUGCCCUGCAGGCGUGCAUGGACGGUUUCAGAGUGGUCAAGCUGAGUGAGGUCAUUCGGCAGAUGGACGUGGUGAUAACUUGCACUGGCAACAAGAAUGUCGUUACCAGAGAACAGCUUGACCGCAUGAAGAACGGCUGCAUUGUCUGCAAUAUGGGACACUCCAACACGGAGAUUGAUGUGGCGAGUCUGCGCAGCCCUGAGCUGACCUGGGAGAGGGUUCGCUCUCAGGUUGACCACAUCAUCUGGCCGGAUGGAAAGAGGGUUGUCCUGCUGGCUGAGGGUCGCCUUUUAAAUCUGAGCUGCUCCACCGUGCCUACGUUUGUGUUGUCCAUCACUGCUACAACUCAGGCUCUGGCCCUGAUUGAGUUAUUCAACGCUCCAGAGGGACGUUACAAACAGGAUGUGUACCUCCUGCCCAAGAAGAUGGAUGAGUACGUGGCUAGUUUGCACCUACCAAACUUUGACGCGCACCUCACGGAGCUGUCUGACGAGCAGGCCAAGUACAUGGGCCUCAACAAGAACGGCCCCUUCAAACCAAAUUACUACAGGUAUUAAUGAAAGUGUCUGAUGGUAUGAUCCUCAAAACACUUUUGCCCUGGGAUGAACAGAGAUAUCUAUUUUAUUUUCUAAAUUGCUACAAAAAGGAGGAAUUAUUUUACUUAUGCUGAAUGUAACUUAUUAAUAGCACUUCAGACAUAGUGUUACAUGUGGAAAAUAAGAGUAAUACAUGUAGGAAACAUAUAUAUAUACAUUUUACAUGUGUUUAAAACAAGGCCUGCUUGCAUGCUUUCAUGUCUAUGUACUUAUUUAGUUACUACUGCUCAUGUUACUAGAUCACAGAGUUGUUGAUUUGUUUGUAACCUUAUGUACGCACAGUGCCAAAUAAUGGCCGGAAGAAUGGAACAGAAGAUAACACUUUUGUUUUGUCAGUCAAUGGCACUAAGAUUUUAUUAGAACAUUUCAUGGGCCAGAGUUUAGGCUGAGCCACGAACAACUCUGUAUCACGAUGUAUAUUCUUUUAGGAAUAUUUUUGUUUUAUAUGAGUGAAAUAAGCUCUUUGAAUGGUAUCUGCAAUACAUGCCCUAAAAGGUAACACCCAGCAAAGCACAGGGAUGAAAUACAGUAUAACAUGUGUUAUAUAAAUAACACCGUCCAAUGUUGUUUAUUCUAAGAAAUAAUAAUAGCCUCUAAAUGGCUGGAGUCCAUUUUAAAUUCCUGACUCGUGCUUUUGGCAUUCAAUGCUCAAGUGAUCUUGAAACACUCAGAGCUUCUUAACAACCACAAAGCAAAGAGAUGUUUAAACUGCUAAGAACAGAUUACGAUAUUAUUGUUGUUGUUGUUGUUAUUUUUAUUAUUAUUAUUUUGAUGUAUUCAUUCUUCAAAAAGAAUUCAGAAGAAGUGGAGAAGGUGGCCAGUUGAACUUCCCUCAUUCCAUACCAUGUUUCCGUUUUAGUGUUUUGACUGGAUAAUAUCUUUAAGGCCAUGGUAUGAAUGUGCCUUUUAAAUAAUUUACAAGUAAGCUGUACAAAAGUACAAAACUGAGUUAAUUAAAUGAACAUUCCUAUUUUAUAUAAACCUACUACUCCUAACAUUGUAUGUCUUCCUUCCACUGCUCCUGCUAUUAAGCUACAUGUUGAGAAAAAAAUAAUCAGAGACUUUAUGUAUGCCUCAUUAUUGUCACUGUCUUAAUUUAGAUCCAGUGGGGUCGCCUAAACGAAUAUUUCAUGUGAUCAAAAUGCACAAGUAUACACUAUGUAUGUAAAAGAAUGCAUUCAAUCAGCAAUAAAGCAAGUAAUUUUAACAAAUAAA